UUCUUAAUUCACAGACCAACAGAAUGGACGCUAAGUUGCUACUUGUCUUGAUGGGCAUAGUUAAGACCGCGUCUGGGGCGGUUUCAUAUGGCUUGAUUGAGACAGAACUGGUACACGGGGAAACAGUGAAGUUCUGCACAUACAAAGGAAUGCGCCUUCUUCCAACGUCGGACUUUGUUGAUUAUGACGCGUGUGAAAAAUGUCAGUGCGGCGAAAAUGGGCUGUCUUGCCAGAGCGUGGGUACAUAUGUUGCAAGCGCGGUAAGAGGGACUAAAUGCAAGAAUGUGAAGAUAGCCUGUCAGACUACGUGGGUGCUGAGGUCUGACACCAAGAGGAAGUGCCCGAAGCAUCUGAUGCCUAUAUCUAUCACAGCAGUUGGGAAAUAAUAAGUAAAAUGUCAGUUCUGUGAUCAAAUGCAUAUAUAAACAUAAACUUUAUUUUAUUUCUGAAACUAUCCUUGACAGAAUAAAUAAAUUGUGUUUCUUCA